UUCGAAAUUGCCAGCAUGUGGACGUCGCGCCGCUUCCUCCCGCGACAUUCGAGUCCGUUGUACCUCCAUCGGUGGAUGUCGACAACGCCCCCACAAGUGUACGUGCCCCUUCGCGCCCGAGACACGAAAAUCAUGUGUACUGUCGGCCCCGCGAGCGAAUCCGUUGACAUUCUCAAACGGCUCAUCACGAGUGGCGCGCGGAUAUUCCGUCUUAACUUUAGUCAUGGCGAUUUUGACUCCCACGCGAAACGACUAAAGUCAAUUCGAAAGGCGUCCGAGCAACUACAGAUUCCUGUUGCUGUCUGUGGGGAUUUGCAAGGACCCAAGAUUCGUGUCGGACACAUUCCUUCCAGCAUUCAAAUGAGCACGUCCCCUCCUGCACUUGGAGGGUUGAUCGUCGUCAAGACCGGCGACACGGUCAUCCUAUCCGCUUGCGCCGAGGAGUCUGUGGUUGUCGACGGUGUAGCAACGCUCGCCCUUACGUACAAGGAUCUCGUGCACGAAGUCUCUCCUGGCCAUCUCGUCUUGAUCAACGAUGGUGCGAUACGCAUGGAAGCGCUCUCAUCUAAAGGAGAUUCUCUGCACUGUCGCGUCCUUGUCGGUGGCGCGAUCACGUCUGGAAAGGGCAUCAACCUGCCUGAUUCCGACAUUAAGGCACCCGCAAUCACCGACAAGGACUGGAUGUGCGUGGAGUGGGCCAAGGCAAACCACCUCGAUUACGUCGCGCUUUCGUUUGUGCGUAAUGCUGCCGAAGUAGUCGAGCUCAAGGCCGCGCUGGGCGACGGUCUGCACGUGAUUUCAAAGAUCGAAAAGCCACAAGCCAUUCGAAAUCUCAACGAAAUCAUCGAAGCGAGCGACGCGAUCAUGGUUGCUCGGGGGGAUCUCGGCGUCGAAAUGGAGUUAGCGGCAGUCCCAAUCAUCCAGAAACAAAUCAUUUCGCGAUGCCAACUAUACGGCAAACCGUCCAUCAUUGCGACCCAGAUGCUUGAAAGCAUGAUCCAGAGCCCGAUUCCUACUCGUGCCGAAGCCAGCGACGUCGCCAACGCAAUUUGGGACGGUGCCGACGCCGUCAUGCUGUCUGCUGAAAGCGCCACUGGGAAUCACCCCGAGCUAGUCGUGGCGACCAUGGCGGAUAUCAUCGAGCAAGCUGAGAGCCUCGAGUCGCAUAAAUCGACGAAUUCUCCGCCCGAGCGCAACGCACACGCGCACAAGUUGACGGCCGCCCUCGCCUAUGGCGCCUGGCAUGUCGUCAACAAGACCGAGGUCAAGGUUGUCGUGUGCUGGUCCCAGCACGGCAACGCAGCGCGAUACUUGAGUCAGAAUGAUUUUCGCGUUCCGAUCGUGGCUUUUUCAGACAACCAGCGGUCGGUAAAUCAGAUGGCGCUGUACAACGGUAAGCUUCCGAACGCGCACCGAACAACUUGGGCACACACUGACACGGAUGGGGUGGUGUAGGCAUUACACCAGUCGCGAUGGCCGUGCCAGCGACGCUGUCGGAUUUUAUCGAUCAAGCGUCUGCAAUCUUGCUUGCGAAUGGAUGGGUGCAGCCGUCGGACUUGGUGCUUUUCCUCGGCGGCCGGCCACUGGGCGCGUCCAAGUCGACGAAUUCAAUGACAGUGCACGAAAUCGGGUCGAAUGUGUUUGCAGACUAGCUUACCCCACCACCACGUGGUCGGAGCGUAGUGACGUUCACGUCGGUAACACAAAUCAUGUUUGCUUGAGUGCACAUCACUCGUCCACUGCGUCUUCGUACCCACCUGCACAGUCGACGAAGCAAUGCCGGUGAGAGUUGCCACAUCCCUUCACAAACUCGUGCACAUUGUCCUCCACAGUCGGCUUUCGCAUGGCCCACAAAACGGAGAUAAUGGAUGAAUGCUAGCGGCGGGCAGUCAGGCGAGGACGAGGGAGCGCGAGUCUUGGUUUCACGGGGCCGCUGUCCGGCGACGUUCUUUCCUUCACCAACGACGCCCCACUUCUCUCGAUGGUGAU